UAGUAGUGAGCGUAAGAGUGGGUGACACUGUCGGCAAGCACACGGAAGAGACGGAGAAGAACUCGCUGAGACACUGAGUCACACUCUCGGCAGCAAGACAGGAGUGUCCGCUCCACAUCUCACAUCCAUGGCGCUUAGUAACGGGGAUAGCAAGCUGGAUAUCGUCGGAGAGCCUAAAGAUUGUUUAUUGUCCUAUGAGGGUGCCGUGGUGAUCCUGGAUGCAGGUGCGCAGUAUGGGAAGGUGAUUGACAGGCGUGUACGAGAGCUUUUUGUCCAGUCUGAGAUUCUCCCUUUGGAGACACCGGCCUUCGCCAUCAGAGAGCAGGGUUUCAGGGCCAUUAUUAUAUCUGGAGGGCCAAACUCUGUCUAUGCUGAGGAUGCACCUUGGUUUGACCCAGCCAUAUUUACCAUCGGAAAACCAGUUCUCGGAAUCUGCUAUGGAAUGCAGAUGAUGAAUAAAGUUUUUGGAGGCACGGUGCACAGAAAGAGUGUGAGGGAGGAUGGUGUUUUCAACAUUACGUUGGACAACUCAUGUUCUCUUUUCAGGGGAUUGCAGAAGGAGGAACCCGUUCUGCUGACACAUGGAGACAGUGUCGACAAAGUAGCAGAUGGAUUCAAAGUUGUCUCCCAGUCUGGCAACAUUAUUGCAGGCAUUGCUAAUGAACAGAAAAAACUGUACGGGACUCAGUUUCAUCCAGAGGUGGAUCUGACCGAGAGAGGGAUGGACAUGCUCCGCAAUUUCCUGUUUGAGAUUGCCGGCUGCAGCAGUAAUUUUACCGUACAGAACCGUCAACUGUCCUGCAUCAGGGAGAUCAAAGAGAAGGUCGACCAAUCCAAAGUGCUUGUGUUAUUGAGUGGUGGUGUAGAUUCCACUGUGUGUACAGCCCUGCUGAAUAAAGCCUUGAAUCAGGAACAAAUUAUUGCUGUUCACAUCGAUAAUGGCUUUAUGAGAAAGAGAGAGAGUCAGAGUGUUGAGGAAGCGUUGACUAAACUCGGCAUCAAUCUCAAAGUGGUAAAUGCAGCACACACCUUCUACAAUGGCACAACAACCCUGCCAAUAUCAGAGGAGGACCGCACACCUAGGAAACGCAUUAGCAAGACACUCAACAUGACCACAAAUCCUGAGGAGAAGAGAAAGAUCAUUGGGGAUACAUUUGUAAAAGUGGCCAAUGAGGUGAUUGAAGAGAUGAAUCUGAAGCAAGAGGAUGUGUACCUGGCGCAGGGUACGCUCAGGCCAGACCUGAUUGAGAGCGCCUCUCACCUUGCUAGCGGGAAGGCAGAAGUUAUCAAAACACACCACAACGACACCGAGCUCAUCCGAAAACUCAGAGAUGAGGGAAAAGUAAUUGAGCCACUGAAAGAUUUCCAUAAGGAUGAAGUGAGAGCACUAGGUCGAGAGCUGGAGCUUCCUGAAGAGAUCGUCUCUCGACACCCCUUCCCUGGUCCAGGCCUAGCCAUUAGAGUGAUCUGUGCUGAUGAGCCUUAUAUCUGUAAAGACUUUGCUGAAAUCAGUAAUAUCCUGAAAAUCAUCACAGACUUCUCUGCCAGUGUCAAAAAGCCACAUACCCUUCUUCAGAGAGUGAAGUCCUGCAUAUCAGACGAGGAGGAAGAGAAACUGAUGCAGAUCACCAGCCUUCAUUCACUAUAUGCCUUUCUGCUGCCAAUAAAAACUGUUGGAGUCCAGGGUGACUCUCGGUCAUACAGUUACGUUUGUGGCGUGAGCAGUAAAGAGGCUCCUCACUGGGAUUCACUGAUGUUCCUGGCCAGACUCAUCCCUCGGAUCUGUCACGCCAUCAACAGAGUUGUUUACGUCUUUGGGACAUACGUAAAGGAGCCGCCCACUGACAUCACACCCACCUUCCUGACCACUGGUGUACUGAGCACACUAAGACAGGCAGACUUUGUAGCACACUCCAUUUUGAGGGAGUCUGGCUACUCUGGUAAGAUCAGUCAGAUGCCAAUCAUCCUCACCCCACUGCACUUCGAUCGCGACCAGCUACAAAAGCAGCCGUCCUGCAGACGAUCUGUCGUCAUCAGAACCUUCAUCACCAGUGACUUCAUGACUGGUAUCGCUGCUACUCCAGACAACCAAAUCCCUGAAGAGGUGGUUCUCAAAAUGGUCAACGAAAUCAAGAAAAUCCCAGGCAUCUCAAGGGUGAUGUAUGACCUGACAUCCAAACCACCGGGGACCACUGAGUGGGAGUAGAGCAGAGGACUAUUCAUCCCUUCUGACUUAUCCUUGUCACCUCCUCUUCUACCUCCCUCUUACCCAGUACUGCUACAUUCCCCUCCAACCCCCUUUUCUCCACUCCUGCGAACUGCCCCGCCCCCCUUUAGGCACGCUGUCCUGUCAUUGUCCCAUUGAGACCGGAACAUUCCCUACAAUGUCAGGCUGUACUGUGAUUGGUGCAAAACUGACUCAAGUACUUCAGUUCUGCCUCAUUUUCUGGGGUUGGUGUAAUAUUAGUAUUACUGUUAUUAUUGUUAUUAUUAUCCUCAUCAUUGAUAAUGAUGAGGAUAUUUUUUUUUUCAGCUCUCUGUGUUUAAUGCAUUGUGACAGGUCACUCCAAAAUCUCUAUUGUAGCUAUUGAAGGUCUAAGGUCAUAUUAGGGCAGCUGAUUGUCCAGGUGCAGCAUGACACCAACACAAUUAUUAUUUUUUUAUAUAAAAAUGGUUCUGCAUCAAGGAUGAACUUCAAAGUGUUGCUGCUCUCUGCCUUCUUUUAGCUUUUUUUUCUCACCAAACCGGCUCAUUCAGUGUUGAUUUUUGGUUAUGAUUUCUUUCCUGAACUUUUCUACAGAAGUGGCAGGUGAAGACUAGCAGUUGUAGCGUGCACACCCAUUGAAACGUGACCAAUUAAUGUUUUAUUUGACUUUAUUUGCCAAAUACAGAUGAGUUCAGACUGAGAGAUUAGAUGACUGUAUUUCGUUAUUGCCGUUUUAACACAGAAGUUUUGCUGUGAAUGAGACGCCAAACUUAGGAGGCCUUCUGGAAUUUGUGCCUGUAUUAUCUUCAUCUUGUUUUGUUUUUCCGGGAUGUGAAACUUAUUUUAUGCUGCAUUCUUUUCCUCUCUCUUUUCAAGAAAAUGAUUAUUGACAUUUUUAUUGAAAACAAGAUGUAAUUAUUGAUGUCUGCAUUUUACACCAACAUCAAGGUUGAGUUUGCCUGGGCUGGUCUUAUAGAUGAGUAAGACAUCAGUGUUCUUAAUUUCACCAAUAAAGGCCUUUGUAUUUUCUCGUGCUUGGUAGAGCAAUAGUGUUUCCAAAGGCAAAUGAAAAGAGAUUAUUACAAAGGAAGAGUAGGUGAUUGACGGGACUCUUUACCUAUGGGGUAACACCCCUCUGAAUAGGUCAAGUCCUUUUGAGCCAGUUUGAGCUUAACAGAAUUUGGACCAUGAGUUAGUGUCAAUGUAGGAGUCCUGUGAGUGUGGCCUCGUUAAUAUUCCACUCCUUUAAUAGAAGCGUGUUCUUGUAUACAAAACAUAGAGAAAGGGAUUUGUUUGUGCAAAUCGAGAUCCAUGUCCAGCCCUAGGUCUAAUGUAUGAUGUUAAGAAUUUGUUGUGAUAUGAAAAACAUGCUUGGUAUUUAUUGUCUUUAAAGCUUUCGUUUCAAAACCCUCUGUUGUCACAAUGCAAAAAAAUUCAAUGCAAGAUGAACCUCUCUCGUCUUCAUUGCAAAUCUCAUUCUUAAUGUGUUUUUGUUCUCAUGUUUAUAUUUUACCUGUCUAUUAAAGUACAACUAACAAUUACAUUUCUAGUGGGUAAACUGCAAUAUUACGAUAUUCAGUUUAAUUUAUGCAAAUAUAUGUUGAUCUCUAUCACCCCCCCUCCCCUUUUUUGUCUAAAAAUGCUGUUUUAUCUAAGUAUUGUGCCUCAGACCAAGCCACCGCAUGCAGUUUGAAACUGAUAUUUGUACAAUGCAAACUGAGCUUUAAUAAAGGACUCCAUGUUCAGAUUUGUUUCUCAUU